AUGAAAGUAAGCUGAUGACCUCGCGGCAGUUAUAUCGUAGAGAGAGACGCGGCCUUACUUUAUGUGCGAGUAACGCAUGUUUUAUUCGUACUUAUAGUUAUAUAACGUUAUAUAAUUGAAUUUAGUUUUGAAUUAUGAAAGACAUACAUUUUUUUUAAAACGAACUCGGACGGAGCAUUUAUCAGCGUUUAUGACACAAUCAUGGUAGUGAAAAAUAAAUAUUUCAUCGUUUUAAUGAUUACGUUGUCGCUAUUCAUUGGAAACAGUGAAGCAGGAUGGAAAUUUUGGAAAAAAGAUAAAGAGAUUACUACUACUACGAGCACUACAUCAGUUUCUAUAAAUGUACAAAGUACUACAGUUCCAUCAAAUACUACAACAGUCAGAAGGCCAACGGUGUCAGUUGCAAACACUGGAGCCGCUAUAAUAGAUGCUGCUAAUUUGGGAUUAGACAAUGGCGUAGACAAAACUGGGAAGAAUAUACAAAAUAAUAUACGAUCUAACCUAAGAACGGAAUUGGGCACGGAUAUUGAUUUUUCAAGAUCAAACAGGUCAAGAAUCGAUCGUGGAGAUGCUCAAAGUUACAGAAAUUUGGCUGUAGAUCUUAUUGGAGCUAAAGACUCAUCACAAAAGCAAUCAUCAAAAAUAUCUCAAGGAUCAACAAUUAGUGACAAUGGAUCAAAAAACGGUCCGAAAGCGGCUAAUGUUGUUGCGGAUGUAACCACCAGAUCAGCCACAGAUUCCACUAGAAAGAUAUAUUCCAGUAAUCCAAUAUAUAGCAAAGGAAAUAUAGUUACUGAUGAGGAUUUGGAAAAAGUUUCUGAAGCACUUUAUAUAAAAGAAACGAAUAAUGCAAACUCAUAUAUAAGAAUUAAUCUGCAAAAGCAAACCACCAGUAGCAAUCUGAUGGAUCAAGCUUCACAGCCGCUGUUGACAAUAAGUCCUGAAGCUUUCCAGAUUCCUACGAUUCAAAAGGUUCUCUCCAUAUUCGAUAAUUAUCAAUUAGAUACUCAUACGAAUGAAUAUAUUAAUCCAUCACAAAGAGAGGAAGAGAGUCUCCUUGUUGAUACUUUUCUGAGUACAAAUGUAAUGUCUACUGCUAUGCGUUUUCUCGCAGAUAAAGGAUUUGUGAGGCAGGAUUAUUAUGAGUAUAAAGAUACAUUAAGAAGAAUUUGGUUUAAUUUAUUCUCGCGUGGACAGGGUAAAACCGGUAGCACUGGAUUUGAGCACGUCUUUAUGGCGGAAACAAGACAAGUAGAUUCGGGUACAAAGAUACUUGGAUUACAUAAUUGGAUCUACUUUAACGCAAAAGAAAUAAAGAGCCGUGUCGACUAUCUAGGUUACAUUAAAAAAACCGAUUUAGGAAACAAGGGAUCCAUUAUUAAGAUGCAUGUAAAAUUCAAUGGUCACGAUAAACCAGUCACAACAAUGUUCAUCGGAACUUCGCCCGAAUUGGAAAUGUCACUUUAUACUGUUUGCUUCUAUGCACGACCAGAUGAAAGCUGCCCUGUAUCUCUGGGAGGCACCAAAUUUAAUAUAAUAACACGCAAAUUUAGAUAUAGAGGAAAAGAUUUGGUUGGAACGGCAUACCCAGAAAUUUGAACUUUUUCUAUGUAAACGUAUCUUUUUUAUAUACACUAAAAUAUACUGAAAAAAUAGGAAACAUUUCUCAUACGCUCAAAAUAGGGUUAUUUUCAAACCGUUGAAACUUAGCGAAAAACCAUCGUAAAAAAAAA